UUUUCUUUCUAUGGUUAUGUCUAUUUUUCUUAAUUUUAUUUAUACUUUAUCUUUAUUUUAUUUAAAAUGAUCACAAUAAAAUAAGCUGAUAAUAACCUUGCUAAAGAUAUUAUUGCAUGAACGUUCGCGAUAAGAAGUCCCGUUUCGUCGUGGCAAUUCUAACUUAAACAAUGGUCAACAUUGAAAAAUUGCAUGAAGUGUUUAACACAAUGGCAUAUGAAAAAAAGCCGGAAGACUCAUGUAAAGGAAAGGAUGGGAUAAAUACUAAGCUUGCACAAUUAUUUGCAGAAGACUCAAUGGAAGAUAUCAGUGAAAAGUUAAAAAAUCAUACCUUUUCUAACUAUGAGCCUAAGAGAAAACAUCUGGUAGGGCUUGCUAAAGAACUCGAAAAAAAUGUGGAUGUUAUAUGCCAAAUUGAAAGCACCUCCAGAGGGAUUCUUGCGAAAGAUACAAAAAAGGCAGUUGAUAGUUUAGCUCAGUAUUUAUAUUAUUAUGCUGCCUUUGCCAAAAAGCAUCAAUUUGAAGAUGCAAUAAAUAUACUGGGUAUUUUUAAGGAUGACCAUCCAAUCUGGAUCUUGGGACUGCUUUUGGGACCAGCUUUAGCUUCUGGUUUUCAUGUUAUACUUCAAACUGGCCUUAAAUUUGCCAGUGUAACCAGCUAUGUUUUAGAAUUGGCUGUAAAUGUUGGUUUUCCAAAAAAUUUAAUACUCCAUGUAUGUUCCUACACAGAGAACUUAAAGUGUUAUCAUGAGGCAACCAAUAGACUAACAAUUCCAGUCAUUUUCGCAAAUCUCCAAAGUGAAAGCAAAGAUUAUGGCAAAUAUAAUUUUCUUUCUUUAAUACCCCAAAAAGCAGCCAUGUUGGUAUUUCAGGAUGCCGACUUGAAUUCGACCGUGGAAAAUGCCAUUGAGGCCGUUUGGGGAUAUCACGGAAUGCUACCUUGGUCAGUGAAUACCAUUUUGAUCCAAGAAAGCGUUUUUGUAAAAUUUACAGAUAAAUUUACAAAAAAGGUAGAGGCUAUUGACAGUUCCGAUAUCGUAUGCCCUUCUAGUGAGGAAUUUCUUAAUAAUCAGGCAAAUAUUGUUAAUAAGGCCAACUCAUUAGGGAUUAAAGUGUUCCAGAAGGAUAAUAAUGGUUCACCUACUAUUAUAAUUGGUGCUAAAGUGUCCCAGUCAGUUUUUACAUCUGAGAAAAAUGAUGGCACAGUAACAUUAGUACCAUUUAGAUCAAUUGAAGAAGCAGUCAGUUUAACAAAUAAUCGUAGGCAAGGCUUAGGUGCAUCCGUGUGGUCUGAGAAUAUCGGACUGGUUAAUGAAGUGGCUAGAAGAUUAGAUGUGGGAAAUGUUUGGAUAAACGGACAUGGUCUUUUUUCACCCGAGAUUUCUUUGUGUCCAUUAAAAGGUAGCGGUAACGGCCAUUUUGGAGGGGUUAGAGGUUGGUGUGAACUACAGGAAUAUGUUUCAAGAUGGUCUAUGUGGAACAUAUGGAAAAAUGAUUUAGUUGAGAUCGACAAUGCGAUUAUGAAAGCAAUAUCUUUAGGGAAUAAUGCGCUAAUUUCCUUUAGGAAAAUGUCGAUUCUGAAUAAGAGGAAACUAUUCCAUGAGAUGUUUGAGUUUAUUGAGUCAGUCAAAACAAAAUUAAAAGAUCUACCAGAAGACCUAAUUGAAGACUUUUUACGUGGUAUAUCAGCUGUACUAAUAGAACCAAACUCAAUGGAUACCUUUAACGGCACCUUAGAUGGCUACUGUGUAUCAUCUGUGUAUUAUCCAGAUCCGGUAGGAGUCCUUUUUGUUGGACGUUUAAAAUGGCCUAACCAAAAGACUAAUAUGGCAAGACUUGUUUUAAAGCCUCUAUUGUUAGGAAACGCUGUCAUUAUUUUAACUGAAGAUCCACAAGAGCAUUUAUUUUUCCAAGAAAUUUCUAAGAUAUUGCCUGCUGGACUUCUUACUGCAAUUCCGUAUGACGAUAAGAUGAUGUAUACCAUUUAUAGUCAUAGUAAACUAUUUUUUCCUAAUAUGAUUACCGACAUAGAUUUAUUGUGUGAUACUGCGACUUUUAUUUCAACUAAGAACAUAUGGAGUAAUAUUGGCCAAUCCUAUAACUGCUCAUCUUAAAACAUGAUUUUGGUUUAUGCUAUUUAAAAUGCUUAUUAUUAGUAUGCUAGAAUACAGGUGUUCUAUUUUUAAUAUCCUCAUGUGUAAUUUAUCUUUUAUUUUUCAGGCAUAAAUGAGUAUGAUUUAAUACCAGUGUAAAUAUCGGUUACGUAUUAAAAUUUAAUCAUUAAA